AUCUACGCAGUGUGCUAAGAUGUAAUUGAUACGAGUUUGCCAAGCUUAGACCAUAGAAUAUUAUUGUGAUCUAAGGUUUUACGACUUUACGUUAUAUUUCACAACUAAACGGGACGUUCACCAGAAGGUCUUAAUUCCUAAAGGAUUUGAACAGUGAACAGAUCUUUUUUUAUAUCGUGAUUCAUUAGUUCAUUACUUAGAUCAUACCAUUAUUUACUCAGCAGUAAGCAGUGCUUACUAAGCACCAUUACCAACUUGAUGAUUCGGUAGUCGGCACUCGGUUAUCAAAAAUCGGCCUGCAGUGGUUACGACAUCCAGACUUCGUCUUCGAAAAUUUGAGCGCUAGUGGUGCAGCCUGCUGGUGCGGUAUUAUGAUCGUAUAAUGAUGCGCGUGCCGUGCGGCAUUACCAUUGUGUUUACUCUCGUUAUUAUUAUAUUUCCCGAUAAAAGUGUUAUUACACAUUAGACGUUCGUGAUAGUGAGUACUGACUCUAAGUACUAGCUAGUGGCUAACUGACUAUACGAUGUACAACGGAAUCGGUUUGGCAACAGCCCGUGGAUCGGGCACCAACGGUUACGUACAACGGAAUUGGGCGGCCAUAAAAAAAGUCAAAGACCAGACGUCAUUUAAGACCGACGAAGAGUUGGCCAAAAUAGAUUCUGCUGCCAACCGUCAGCCCAACCAGGAGCUGUUGGAUCACGACCGUAAACGAAAGGUCGAGCUGAAAUGCAUUGAACUCGAACAGUCUUUGGAAGACCAAGGUUUUUCCCAAGAUGAAAUUAUCAAAAAGAUAAAUACGUUUAGAACGACGUUAAUGGGCAAACAAAAGACUACGACUGAAUAUGAUGAAUGCGGUAGACCUAUUGUAAGGGAUUCUCAUCAAUUUGCCGACGAACAGUUAAAAAAGAAUGCAAGACUUAGAGAUGCUUUUGGUAUAUCAGAAUUUUUUAUUGAAGGCUCUAGCUUAGAUCCAGAAAGAAAAAUUAAAGAAGCAGCACUGGCCCAGUUAAAAGCGUUGCAGGUGGACCAAGCACUUGCGCAAACACAAAUGAAUGAAGACACCUCAACAAAUAAAGACAGCAGUAUAGCUAACGAACUACAGUCUAAAAGUCCUAAACACAAAAAACGAAAGAAGAAGAAAUCAAAAUCCCAUAAAAGUGACAAAGAAAAGGGAAGUGAAAAGAAAAAAUCAAAAAAACAUAAAAAGAAACAUUACUCUUCAUCUGAAGAUAGUUCAAGAAUUGACGAAGUAAAAGCCAACAAGAAUUUGUCUCUAGUUAAAUCCAAGUAUGGUGAUGAUAAAUCUAAUAAAAUAAUUACUGAAACUAAAAAAAAAUAUGAUUCUGAUAAUAACCAUAAAAAACAUAAAAGGGAUAAUGAUAAAACAUUUAAGAAUGAUACAAAAGAAAUAGAAUACAAGUAUAAGAGUGAUAGAGACGAUUACCGUAAAAAAGAUUCUAAACCAGAAAACUUUAAAAACUUGAAAAAAGAUAAAGUAACUGAAGAACCUGACAAAACAAAGUCUAUAGAUAUCUUUAGUGAUUCUAAAAAACAUGAAAAUUCACCUAGACAUAGAACACCAAUAAAAGAACGUGAUAGGGAUAGAGAGAGAGAUUAUGAUAAAUAUCGUGAUGACAGUAAAUCAAAUAAAGAAAAAUCUGAUAGAGCAGACUCAAAAUACAAUUCAAGAAAACGGAAUUCGAGGAGUCCUGUUAAAGAAUUAAAAAAGAAACCUAUUCAACCUUCAAAGUUAACCUGUAUUCCUGUAGAUAGUGAUAGUGACAAAUCAUGUUAUACACCGCCUCCUAAGGGGUUGAGUGCUAAAUUGAGUCAAUCAAACAUUAAUGAAGAAAAAAACUCAAAGAGUACUAAAUAUACAUUUUCAUUGCGCGAGGAUAGUGAGGAUAGCUUAGUUGUAGCAAAGUCAAAUGGUCGUACCGACGACUUGAAAUCAACAUUACAAAACAGUGAAAAUCAACAUAAGAAACCUGAAUUUCGAAAGACAAAUGAUCACAUAGAUCAAGGAAUUUUCGAUUCUACUACAAGUGAAGAAGGUGGGUUGGACGAAGAUAUUGAUUUAAAUAUAAUUAAAGAAAUCACUACAGAGAAAAUAAAAAAAGUAUUUGAGUUGCACGAAAAACAAGAGCAAGCACUGCUUCAUCUAAAAAAAAAACUAAUGGAGAAAAAACGUAAAAUUAGGACUUCUUCCAGUUCAAGUCAAAGUUCAGAUGAAGAACCUGUUAAAAAGAAAAGUGUCAAACGAAGACGUGUUAAAGAUUCGUCAUCUAGUAACAGUGAUGUGAAUACUAGAAAAAAGUCCAAGCGCUCCCGCUCUAGUAGCAGUAGCAGCAGUGCAAGUGACACAAGUGUCGACCAUCAUAAGUCAUUAAAACGAUCUAAAGAUAAAUAUUCAAAGAAAAAGUCACCCCCAUUGCGUCGUCGUACUAAAGAUAGUACAUCUCGAUCUCGGUCCGUGUCAGUUAGCUCAAAUGAACGUUUACGUAAGAAACGAGUUUCCUCAAGUGAAGAAUCAAGUCCAAGGCGUAAGCAUAAAUCAUCUAAACGCAAACGUUCAUCUCGGAGACAGAGGAGCAGUGUUAGUAGUAGCAGCAGUAGAUCAUCACCAUCCUACAAAAACAAAAGACGUUAUAGUUCAAGCCGUUCACGUUCGACUAGUAGUUCAUCAAGCAGUCAUUACUCCCGCAGUUCUAGUUCUAGCCGGGACUCAAGCAGCUCUGGGUCUAGCCGUAGUUCAAAGUCUCGAUCUGCAUCUAUACCUAGGCGACGAGGGUCGCCUAGUUUUUUGGAUCGAAGACGAAUUACAAGACUGGAACACAGGUAUCAGGCUAUCAGUUUAUGUAUUUUGUAUAAAUAUUGUCCAGUGUGUGUAAAAUACAACCUUUUUGUAAAUUUAUGGCAAGUCUUAGUUAUUGUUUUACAAAAAAAUUAAAUGAGAAGUUAAUGUCUUAAUUAUUACAGUUGAAUAUAACCAUAAAAAACUUAAUUUUUGUGUAUAUAUAUUAUAUUUCUUCCUAUAAUAUCUAAAUGAUGAGCCGUUAAUUUAUGAAAAAGUUAUUUUUGCUAAUUCAAUAUUACAUUAGCAAAACAAAUUUUAUUUUGACUAUUGAUUAUUUUUAUUUUGCCACCCUUAUGUGCUUAAAUUGUCUUUUAAUUAUAACAACAUUUAUUUUUUUUUUCCUAGUAGAAUAUAUUUAUGCAUGACCAUGUAGAUAUAAAUUACUAUUAUCUAUGCAAUAAAAAAAAAUUGUGCGAUUUGAAUUUAUCCAAACAAUUUUUACUGUGUUUUUAUUUCUCUACCAUUUUUUUUUUUUGAAUUAUCAAAAAUACAACAAAUAAUUGAAUGCAAAAUCGUACCAAAUAAACAAAUAAAUUAUCUCAUGUACGUUUUUGUUGUUCAACACAUUUUAUUGUACAUCCUCACGUAUCACUUGGAACAGUGUAGUAGACCGUCACAGACACCUUAUUUAAAAUAUCGCUUGUAGGAAAAGCGAUCAUGUGAAAAUCAUUUGUGCACUUUGAAUUGUUAUACCAAGUGACAUCAUACUUAUGUUUUUGCUUUCAGAUAAGUUUAUGCAUCAUG